AAAUACCCCACUACCAUUGGACAGUAACAUCUACGUCAUCUACGUCAUUACGUUGUGUAACUUCCGGUGAUCGGCGCGUCUCUCCUUGUUGUCGCUUGCGACGUUUCGACUCAAAGACGUCAUGGCUGCCCCCUUUCGGUUACUGUACUCCGCGUCACGGCCAGGCACUCUGAUGGCCAGCCAGAGGUCCUUCAGUGUGUCCCUGCAGAGGAGUGGAUUCAAGUAUGUGAACGCCCAGGAGAUCCCCACAGACAUGAAGUCCAUCACAGACCGGGCCGCGCAGACUCUGCUGUGGACCGAGCUCUUCAGAGGUCUGGGGAUGACCAUGAGCUACCUGUUCAGAGAGCCCGCCACCAUCAACUACCCGUUCGAGAAGGGGCCCCUGUCGGCGCGCUUCAGAGGGGAACACGCCCUGCGCAGGUACCCUUCAGGAGAGGAGCGCUGCAUCGCCUGCAAACUGUGUGAAGCCAUCUGCCCAGCCCAGGCCAUCACCAUCGAGGCCGAGUCCCGCUCCGACGGCAGCAGGAGGACCACCCGCUACGACAUCGACAUGACCAAGUGCAUCUACUGCGGCUUCUGCCAGGAGGCCUGUCCCGUGGACGCCAUCGUGGAGGGGCCUAACUUUGAGUUUUCCACCGAAACCCACGAAGAGCUGCUCUACAACAAGGAGAAACUGCUAAACAACGGAGACAAGUGGGAGGCCGAGAUAGCCGCCAACAUCCAGUCCGACUACCUGUACCGAUAGGAGGGCUCCCCCCCCACCCCCCCCGGCUGUCAGAACAGCCUAGUGUACAGUUAGCAUGCCCCUCUGUCAGGUCUGUACAUACUCUGAGAGGUCAGGCUCACUCACACAGACGCCACACGUCUCCGAAGGUGAAUUCCCUCUUUUGAUAUUCUAAAUAUGCCGUGUGUGUUUCUGAUGUAUGUAUUGUUUAGACAGCUGUGCGAUGACACGGUGUGACGGGCGUCCACGCAUUCUGCUGCUCCUAACCCCGGUUUAAGCUUCAAUAAAAGCCAAACUCUGUCUGAAAACAGCUCCCAAGUGUUCGAGUCUCUGUGACACGGCCGAUGAAAACCCUCCGGAAUGAAUAAAACCCGACAAAACGUUUGGGAGAUUGAGUGGAAAAAGGGGUUUAUUACUUGAACUCUUUUAUUUUAUCUUUCAGAAGUGGUUUCUGCUCCGGCUGGCUGUCUGCCUCUUUUAUGCGUGUCUUACUUUUCCUCCUCAGCCC